AUGGAAAAGAAAACACAAUUAAAGGAGGUGUUUUCUAGCUCCGAGUGGGAUGAUGCAAAUGGUCCAAGACGGUCAAGGGAAAGCGAGUUACAACACCGUGAUGUCUAUUGGUUUUUGGAAUGGUGUGAGAUCUUUUUUACUAUUUUUGCUCCUUUGGUGAAUGUUCUUCGUAUAGCGGAUGUCGAUAGAAAGUCGUCGAUGGGUUUUUUGUAUGGGGAACCUAUGUAUGCCAAAGAGGAUAUAAAAAUUGCCUCGAAAAAUCUUGCCAAGAACUAUGAACCCAUCUUAGAGAUCAUUGACACGAAGAUGACGGGUAGAUUGGACACUCCGUUGCACUUGAUAGCAUAUCUAUUAAAUUCUUAUUAUCAUUAUAAGGACCCGAAUCUCAUACUAGAUCAAGUUGUUUCGGAUGGAGUUCUUGAUUUUCUUGAUGUCAUUUUCCAUGGUGACUUUGAUUUGAUGAGUAAAAUCAUGAACAUUGAGUUGCCAAUUUAUAAGACAAGGGGAGGAGUCUUCGGGAAGCCAAUUGCCGCAAAAGGUUGUGAAGUGAACGGCGCAAAGUUUGAUCUGGUUUAUGUCCAAUUCAAUUCGCGUUUAUUGAACAAAUGCAAAUGGGGGAGUGAAAAUGAUGUUUUACUUGCUAAUGAGGCAAGUAAAGCACAAGAGUGGAUUAUUCCGGGAUUAGUAGAGGAUGAAGAUGAGGGGGUUGAUGGACUUGAAGUUGAGGAUGACACAUCAAUAGUGAGAGAGCUUGAGGAAGAGGAUUUUGAAUUCGAGGAGGAGGAACAAGUCAAUGAGAAUGAUAUUAACUUUGAGUCGGAUGAAGAACGUGUAUUGGAGAAUUAUGGGGAAGAAGAAGAAGAUCCUUUUUGUAAUAUUUCUUAG